AAAUGACGACGACGUGAGCGAGGAGGCAGAAGAAGACGAGGAACCCGGCGACAUUUACAAAUUUCUCUACAAGCGAAUGAAGCAGGAUGCUGAUAGCAAGUUGGCAAAACGCCAAUUGGCUCCGCAGCCCUAUAUGAUUCCCGGUCCUCAGGAGCCGCUCCCUGGCCGUUCACAUCCGAGCGAUUACUGGCCUGUUUUUCCGUUUCAAAAUCAAUAUUCCGGGGGUUUGGAUCUGGAUCCAUCGAUUUCUCGGCACAUCGGCGGUGACCUGAACCUGGCCAUCCCCCUCCUGGGGAAUCCUCGACAUUUACGGUCGUUUCUUCAACCGUAUCCACGAUACGACAACCAAGUUUGGUUACCUCAACCACCCGGUGAAUAUGAUGGAUUUGGAAAAGGAGGAUUUUGUGGAGUUGAUGAGCAACCCGAGCUCACACUGGAAUCGAGGCAUUUGGUGCGCUACCAGCGCUCCAUUAAAUAUUAUGACAACCCUCCUGAACGACCCGAUGUCGAUCCGGGGCCCUAUCAGUCGAUCAUCUGUAUGAACCUGGAGCGAAAAGCCUUCAUAUUCUUGCGAAGGGAUGGGCAACUGGAAUACGCUAUGCUUGGAGCCAUUGAAGAUCCUCAAGGGUUUCAACUUGAGUUCAUCGUCCCGAGAAGGUCGUGGCGAUUCAAGCCUGGAUGCGCUGACGAUCCGGUUUUUACUAUCCCAUACAUUUUCGAUGGGGAUGAGAAUGGGGCACGCGGAGCGCUGAUGGGGAUGCACAUCUUUGUGGAGUGCGCUCGAGUUGGCUGUGAGCUACAUAUGCAUUUUCGCUACAUGAGCCCGGAUAAAAAACUCGAAACGCAUGCCACGGCGCUGCCACUGGGGCCAAACGGCGACAUGAUCCUAGCGAAACCCGAGCUGGUCAAGUCGGCCUAUAUCCUUGCGUCGAAUCGCUCGUUCGUAAUAUUGGCGUUCACGGACGUCAUCGCGUACGAAAAAAGCAAAGAUGUGUUCAACGUCAUUUCCGUGGAUUUUGCAGCAGGCGGCAGUGAGCAAGAAUAUGCGUCGGCGCAUCGCAGUCGAAAAAUCGUUGACAUGCACUUUGGCAUGGAUCGGCGCGAGCUGUGGAUAUUGAUGGAGAAUGCGCACAUCGUCUGUUUACAAUGGGUGUCCGGGAAGGAUGAAUUCAAGCUUCAUCAACUCCGGUGGAUGAGCAUUCCGGGGAUGCAAAUUGCCCGCUCUUUUCAUGCAAUGACCCCGGUGGUCUACGAUCUGACGGGGAAAUGCCAGGUAAUGGAAUGGGGCCAGGAUGCAACGGAAUUGUUGGGCCUUCCGCGAGACCAUUAUUCAGUGCACAUCAGUGAUCGGGUGGGAGUCCUCAUCGAUUUCGAGGAUCCGACGGCACCGAAAGGGCUUCGCAUGCACCUGUGGGUUGAGCAAGUUGGUUGCGUGCUGCCGCCCCUCGUGCCAUAUGACAUCCACAAAAUGGUCGCCGCACCCGUUGAUCAGCUCGGAUUGAGUUUGGUAAGCUUU